AUGACAACAUAUGAUGAUUUACUGCACCAAAUUGGGGAAUUUGGAUGUUUUCAGAAAAAAGUGUUCUUGAUAACGUGUACUCUUGGUUUUAUUCUUUGUCCUAUAUAUACUGGUAUUGUCUUCUUAGGAUUUACCCCGGAACAUUGGUGUAGCAUCCCUGGAGUAGCUGAGUUGAGCAAAACAUGUGGCUGGUCUCUAACAGAAGAAAAGAAUUAUACUAUCCCCACAGUAAGCAGUGGUCAAAGCUUUACAUACAGCCAGUGCCAGAGAUAUGAUAUAAAGUGGAACAGCACAGAAUCUGAUUGCUUUAAUCCACUAUCACAAUUUACAAACUAUUCUACAAGCCUGUCAGUGACAGGGUGUGAAGAUGGCUGGAUCUUUAAUGGUUCAGGGUCAACAAUUGCCACGGAGUUUAACCUUGUGUGUGCCGAUGCGUGGAAGGUGGACAUGUUUCAGUCGUGUCUAAGCACGGGAUUCCUAGCUGGAAGCGUUGUGCUUGGCAACUUGUCUGACAGGUUUGGCAGAAAACUCAUUUUUAUUCUGUCUGUAUUUGUGACAUCUGUUUCUGGAGUUCUUCUUGCUGCAGCACCAAGUUAUCCAUGGCUGCUCGUCUUCCGAAUUUCCCAGGGGUUGUUCUCUAAGGCAGGCUGGACUGUAUUAUAUGUACUCAUGACAGAACUGGUUGGAUCACAUUACAGAAGAACUGUUGGUGCUCUUACCCAAAUGGGAUUUUCUUUUGGCCUUUUUGCUGUUCCAGCUGCUGCAUAUUUCAUUCGGGAAUGGCGAUGGUUGCAAUUUGCUUUUUCUGCUCCAUAUUUUUUCUUCUUACUGACCUAUUGGUUCCUUCCAGAAUCUCCAAGAUGGCUACUCUCACAAAAUAGAAAUACUGAAGCCAUGAAUGUAGCAGAAAAAAUUGCAAAGGGGAAUGGCACAAAACUGACUACCAAAGUACAGAAUCUCAAAAUAAAUAAUGAAGAAAAAGAAUGUACAAGGCCACCCUCCUUUGGUAGUCUUAUCAGGACACCACAAAUAAGGAAGCACACAUUAAUUUUGAUGGUUAAUUGGUUUACAUCUUCUGUUGUAUACGGUGGUCUUGUUUUGCGUCUGGGAAUUCUUGGAGGAAACAUCUACCUGGAUUAUGUUAUUGCAGCAGUGGUAGAACUUCCUACAGCUGUGCUCAUUUAUAUAGUAAUUGAUCGUGUGGGUCGUCGUCUUCCAUUUGCUGUGUCAAAUUUGGUGGCAGGAAUAGCAUGUUUAAUAACUGCUUUUGUUCCUGAAGAUUUGAAAUGGUUAAAGACAUGCAUGGCAUUAAUUGGACGACUGGCAAUCACAUCUGGUUUUGAACUAGUCUGCUUGGUAAAUGCUGAACUGUACCCUACAUUCAUCAGGAACCUUGGUCUGUCCGUCUGCUCAGCGUUCUCUGAUAUUGGCGGGAUCAUUUCACCUUUCAUUCUCUACAGAUUAGCUGCAGUAUGGUUUGAACUCCCACUCAUAGUAUAUGGUGUGAUGGGCUUGAUUGCAGGGGGACUGGCCUUUCUUUUACCAGAAACCAAAGGCAGGACUUUGCCAGAGACAAUUGAAGAUAUCGAAAACAUGCACAGGUAUGAUAUGAAAAUGAAGAAAUUUGAUUGUAGUGUUUUUAAUUUUAGAAGCUGA